AUGGAAGAUGGAAGUCCAGUAUCAAUAUUUACUUUUGAUUGUGUUAAACAAAAAGAAAAAUUGCCUUUGGCCAAAAAUGCAUUUAAAAAAUUUCGUACGAUAAGACAUCCUGAUCUUUUACGUUAUAUCGAUGAAAGGGUGGAACCUUUAAAAAAUCAACUUUCUAUUCGAUCAGAUGAUCAUUCAAUAUUAUGGGGAUUAUACAAAAGCGCAAUAAAAUUUUUGAAUAAUGAUUGUGCUCAUAUACAUGGGAAUAUUCGAAUUUCAUCAAUAUUUACUAAUAAAGCGGGAGAAUGGAAAUUAGCGGGAUUUGAAUUAAUGAGUUCAUUAAAAGAUGAUGGUCAAACUUAUGGAGAUUUAUUAUACGAUUCAUCAUCAUCAAAAUAUGCACCUCCCGAAGUUGUUAAAAGUAAUUCAUGGAAUGUUCUUAAAGAUCAUGAUAUAUGGGUAACAGAUUCAUGGAAUUAUGGAAUAUUAAUAUAUGAAGUUUAUAAUAAUAAUGAAUUAUUAACUUCAGCAAGUCAACUUAACAAUCCUGGAUCCAUACCACAGUUAGAUACUUCAAUUAAUAAGUUUUCUCCAUAUAUUUGUAAAUAUAAAAUUUUACCGGAACUUAUAAACGCAUUAGAAUUUGGUUCAGGUGGCUCAAAAGUUCUUGUCCCAAUAUUAAAAAUUGGUAAAACACUUGAUGAUGAAGAAUACGAAACAAUAAUUGUGAUAGCAAUAGUAAAAAUGUUUUCGGUUCCGGAUCGAGCUAUACGUUUAAGUUUAUUGGAAAAUUUAUCAUUAUUUAUUGAUCGAUUAGAUAAUAAGACAGUUAAUGAUAAAAUAUUCACGAAUGUGGUUCGGUUUACUGAUACUGCACCUAUUAUAAGAGAAAAUACUAUUAAAUCUAUUCUUUUAUUAGCUCCAAAGUUAUCAGAUCGAGUCAUAAAUAAUGAUUUAUUACGUUAUUUGGCAAAAUUACAAAUGGAUAAUGAACCUGGGAUUAGAACAAAUACUACUAUUUGUUUGGGUAAAAUUAGCAAAUACUUGAAUGAAAGUACAAGAAAAAAAGUUUUAGCACCCGCGUUCACUAGAGCGCUCAGAGAUCCAUUUCCGCAUGCUAAAAUUGCAAGUUUGAUGGCAUUGACUGCAACAUCAGAAUAUUUUGAUGCCUCCGAAUGUGCGACCAAAAUAUUACCUAAUGUUUCAAUGGUUUUGAUCGAAAAAGAAAAGUCAGUUCGUUUACAGGCUUUCAAAACAUUUGAUGUUUUUAUUAAACGUUUAGAAAAUAGUGUUGUAGGAGCCGCCGCUAGUACUGCUGAAACUUGGACAGGAUGGGCCUUUGUUGGUACUGCUGUUGAGGGUGAAAUUUCUCCACCAUCACCAACGAUAAAUAAUGAUCCUAAUGAUAAAAGGUUGAAUGGUAUUAAUAAUGGAUGGGAAUCAUCAAAACCAUCUUCUAAAUUAUCCGAGAAUAAUAAUGGUAGUAGUAAUGGUAAAGGAUUGAAAGUAGGAGCCGUUUCUCCUAUGAAAUUGGGUAAAACAAAUCCAACUGAUGGUUGGGAUUUAGAUGAUUCAGGUUGGGGUAAUGAAUUUAAUGAAGGUUGGGAUGAUUGGAAUAUUUCGAGACCAUCAUCUACCACACCAUCUACUAAUUCAACCAGAUCAGAAAGUUCGGAAAGUCCAAUCCCAACAAAAUUAUCAUCAGUUACUCAUCAAAGGAUGGCUGAACUGAAAGACAAAAAGAAAAAAGUUUCAUCACUUGGAAUAAAAAAAUUAGAAAAAUAA